AUGAGCAAAGGAGGGGCCGCCGGCGGUGGGGCCCAGAAAGGCGGGAAGAAGAAGGCGUCGACGUUCGUGAUUGACUGCGGGAAGCCGGUGGAGGAUAAGAUCAUGGACAUCGCCUCACUGGAAAAAUUCCUUCAGGAGCGCAUCAAGGUUGGAGGCAAGCCUGGAGCGCUUGGGGACACUGUCACCGUCGCCAGGGACAAGACUAAAAUCACUGUGACGGCCAACGACACCGCCUUCUCCAAGCGGUACUUGAAGUACUUGACAAAGAAAUAUCUUAAGAAGAACAAUGUGCGUGAUUGGCUCCGGGUGAUAGCUUCAAACAAGGACCGAAAUGUCUACGAAUUGAGGAUGCUUCUUAAUGACCAUAUGGUGCACGUGUCUACCUCCGACACCCCACUUCUCGACUUCCUACAAUAUGCAGAAGUCCUGUUCCAUCAUUGGCUCGAAGAGUUCCUGGUCGAGGAUGAAAUGGAAUCUAAGGGUGAGGCAGGACCCGAGGAUGAGGAUACCGAGGAGGACCCCAGUGAGCAUCCCGACAAAGAGUACCCCGAGAUCCUAGUCAUAUAG